ACUGGCCUAAAGGGCACAUUUCUGUAUGCAACCCAGUCAGUGUUCUGAAAGUACUCACAACUCCAAAGCCACAGAAGAACUGAUAAGAUAGCGGAGCCAAUCGAAGCCAACCAAAGCUCCAGCGAAUAACGAAGAAGUCGGGCAGUAUCGAAUCAGUCUAGCAAGUGGAUUAAACUCGCAACAAUGAAAUUCCUGAGCAUUCUGCUGGCCCUGUGCCUCUUCGUGGCCCUCGCCAUAUCGCCGGCCCGCAGCGACGAAGUCCAGAAACCGGAGAAAGCCUUCUGUCCCUGCCCCAGGAACUACGAACCCGUCUGUGGCACCGACCUGAGGACCUACCCGAACCGCUGCGAAUUCGACUGCGUUCGACGCAGUGUUGAGCGCCAGGGACGCAGCAUGGGCCUGUUGAGAUCCGGCACCUGUUGAUCCCGAUUCCCGAGACAUUCCCCUAAGACAAACCAAAGAAGCAUCCAGAAACAACAAAACCAAAUAAAAUAAGUGCCUUGUAUUAAUCACCAACGUGAAACACGUAGAAAUAAACCAGCUUAUCAGCCAGAGCAUUUGGCAUUGCAAUCGAUAGCGCUUCCAAGCCUUAUCGCAGAUACGAAUCAUCUACACUGGGCAAAACUCCUGCCAUUCUUCGAGGGCUGCAGUGAUUUGCGAAUUUGUUAGCUCCGUUCCUCAAGUGCUUGCUUGACAAAGAUAACCCUGUACGCAAUGAACGUUAAUAUUUUAUGAGUCAUGGUUACCUAUCAUACCUCUAAUAUAAAUGUUUGUUUUUAAAAUCUGUUGAAUAAAGGCAACAAAGUUGACUUUAAAUGUAUAAA